GCCUUCUUUUUUGUUACCAAUAGUUAUUCGCCACUUCAUCGCCAGAAGUUUUACUGGUCGGGAAGAUAGGUCAGCAUGACUCAGCAACCGUCAUCUCUCUCCGUUUAUUCUUAGGAUUCGAGUCGUUUGAUCGUACGCGGAGCCACGCGGUUGGUGUAAAAUCGUUUUCGAGCGAGGAGUUCGAAACAGAGGAUCUAAACCCGUUUAGAAGAUAACAACUUCGAUUUUUUUGCCAUUGUAGUCCAGUGAUGGCAAUUUCGUAAUUAUCGGACCACCUCCCGUCUUUUCCUUAAUUACUCGAAAGGAAAGCUGAUAGUAUCAUUGGGAAGGUGGUUGGGGCUUCUGGGUUCAUCGUGGGCGCUGAAAAAUUACAAAAAUACCAUUGUCUUUUGCGGAGCUUUUUGAUUGCUGAAUUGGGUAUAUAGAGCUGGAGAUUACGAGUGUCUCUGUGUUAAUUUUUUCUGAUUUUCUGUUCGUUUGAUGGGAAUUCGUUUCCGGGAAGGUACACGGCCAUGGGAAAAUCGUCAUUCAAGGAUUCUCUUAAGGCGCUCGAAGCCGAUAUUCAACAUGCUAAUACUCUUGCAUUAGAUUAUCCAAGAGAGAAUGAUGGAGCUAGACUUCAGAUGAGACUUUCCUACAGUCCUGCUGCCCAGUUUUUCCUCUUUCUUGUACAGUGGACCGAUUGUCACCUUGCUGGCGCUCUUGGUCUUCUAAGAAUACUUAUUUAUAUGACUUUUCCGGAUGGCAAGACCACCAUGUCAGUUUAUGAAAGGAAAGCUAGCAUUAGAGAAUUUUAUGGUGUGAUAUUUCCUUCACUAUUGCAAGUUCAGCGUGGCAUCACAGAUUUGGAAGAUAAGAAACAGAAAGAGGUCUGUUCUGUUAGGUACAGAAAGAAGGACGAGUUGGAAAGAGGUAAACUCUCCGAGAUCGAUAAAGAAAGAGAAGAAGAGUGUGGAAUUUGCAUGGAGAUUAACAGUAUGGUUGUACUGCCGAACUGCAGCCAUUCUUUGUGUUUGACAUGUUAUCGAGAUUGGCAUGAACGGUCACAGUCGUGCCCCUUUUGUCGUGAUGGUCUGAAGAGGGUCAACUCCGGGGACCUCUGGAUCUACAUGGGUAAAUCCGAUGUUGUUGAAUUAUCGUCAAUUCUGAGAGAAAACCGAAAGAGACUAUUCAUGUACAUAGAUAGGUUGCCUCUAGUUGUUCCAGAUCCUGUGUUAUUUCUUACUUAUGAUCCUCACAUUAGGUGAGAGCUUCGGAUCAGGUUUAUCAUAACUCUGUUUAAGUGAUAAACAUGAGUGCGCGUGUAUUUUGCUGCCAUUUCCAACUGUAAAUGCUUUUUUUCUUUAGCCUUCUCUUUUGAUUGCCACUUAUAAACUUCUUAGUGUCUUGUA